UGAAUAUUAUAAAUAAACAAUGGAUAUCGAUUUAAAGUUAAAUAUCGAUAAACAAUCAUUUUUCCUUAAGUGUUUGUUUUUGAGGUCUGAACUCUGAAUUGACAUGGAUAUCCAAAUACUGGAAUCAAAUUUUACCCAGGAUUUAGGCGAGAUAGAGAAAAGGGUGGAUAAACUAAACAAAGAUGCAAAAGAAAUCCAGAAGUUGAAGAAAAUUGGAACUACCAUGGCCAGCCUGAAGCUUAACAGGCGGCCAAAGAACCUGUCAAUGUGUGUAAAAAAACUGAAGAAGACUACGCUAGAGGGCAAUCAGGCUGAGAGAGUAUUGGGUCAAGUUCCAGUUCCUGGUUCCAGCGUUGAAGUUAAUCGUCCAUCUUACCCAUUCUCGAAUGUGAAUACUGUUGCAAGACCUUCAUGUCAGCCUCUAGCUUGAGUAGACGUAAGCCAUUAUAGGAGGCCGAAAGGUCAUGGUCAUUCUAAAAAAAAGAAUAUAUGUUAUUGCCAGCCACCUUCCACUCAUUUAGCUACAUGCAAGAAUGGAAGAAAGUAAGCUGUUUCCUCCGGCUCCAUCUUUCCUAUGUCACGUGUACUGUAGUCAUGUCGUUGUCAGUCAUUGUCAUUUCUAUGUCACGUGUACUGUUAUCUUUCCUGUGUCAAGAGUAGUACAUCAGCCAAUAUUUGCCGACUUAGAGUUCAUAGCAGUGCCCCAUCUUGUCAGCCUCAGUCAGUCGACACUCGUCAGCCGCUAGCUACAUUGCCUUCUCCGGCCACUUAAGCAGUCAAGAACUACCGCAAGCUGAUAUCUUCCCGGCACCGGUGCCCUUCGAGAUCUUGUCUUUGCUAUGGAGCCCAGCCCGAAGAGAACGAAGACAGGCAUGAGGACCUUGUCCAACGAAGACCUGGACUCAAUCCGGAAGAUGACGUUGGCGUUCGAGAAGACCCUUCGCCUGAAAAACCAACAGAAUAUGGAGAUUGAAGAGGAAUUGAAGGCUGUUAAAAGCAGUUGUGAAGCGAGAUCCUUCAUACCGAAUCUUUGUUAAGCGGAUUGCCAUGAAUGUACCGUUGGAGUUGAUUAAGGUAAAUUUUAAAUAAUUCAUUUUUGAAUUAUUAUUUUAUUUUAUUUUAUUUUAGAAGAAGUUUUCUGUCUUCGGAAGGAUUAUGGAUUAUUAUUAUCGACAGGCACUUCGCUUCCGAAUAUCGUGCUAGUAAAACACUGCAUGUUUGAGUUCAUUAAACCUGAUCUCUUGGUCCAUCUAAAAAUAACUUAGCCAAACCCAUUAAAGAACAGUGGCACGCUACCAACUCGAAAGUCAUAACAUCUAAUAAGCGCGAAGGUAAAUUUCUUUUUAUCCUUAAAUUUGCAAUCUAAAGAUUGUUUUAAUUAGUUUUGGACAUAGAGGAGAACCCAAGAGCCGGAAUUAAUAGAUCCGUGUUCAUAACAUUCUUUGACCGUGAAGCAGUUCAAAUGGCGUUAACUGUAAGUUUCUAUUUAUUUUUUAUUUUUUAUCUAUUUAUUUAUUUUUAAGAGGAAAUGAAGGAGUACCGAAAAGCACAGCAAAAAAUGUAAAGGAUCCGAUAUCCUUUAUCACCAUUCCAAUACAUAAUUUUAUUUUA